GAGCCGCCCGGGCAACCGCCACCGCUGCCUCCGUCGCCGCCGCCACCACCACCCGCCCGCCGCCGGCCGGGCGAGUCCCUGAGGCGCGGAGAUGAAAUUCCCGGCCUCGGUGUUAGCGUCCGUGUUCCUGUUCGUGGCGGAGACGGCGGCGGCGCUCUACCUGAGCAGCACCUACCGCUCCGGAGGGGACCGCAUGUGGCAGGUGCUGACGCUGCUCUUCUCCUUGAUGCCCUGCGCCCUGGUGCAAUUCACGCUCCUCUUCGUCCACCGCGACCUCAGCCGCGAUCGCCCACUGUCGCUGCUCAUGCACCUGCUCCAGCUUGGGCCCCUGUACAGGUGUUGUGAAGUCUUUUGCAUCUACUGUCAGUCCAACCAGAAUGAAGAACCUUAUGUGAGCAUCACUAAGAAACGACAGAUACCAAAAGAUGGUCUUUCAGAGGAGGUCGAGAAAGAGGUCGGCCAGGCAGAAGGCAAGCUGUUUACCCACCGUUCUGCAUUCAGCCGGGCAUCAGUGAUACAGGCUUUCCUUGGCUCUGCCCCGCAACUGACCCUACAACUGUAUAUAACUGUCUUGGAGCAGAACAUCACUACUGGAAGAUGCGUCAUCAUGACCUUGUCCCUGCUGUCUAUUGUCUAUGGCGCCUUACGUUGCAACAUCUUAGCCAUCAAAAUCAAGUAUGAUGAGUACGAGGUCAAAGUCAAACCCCUGGCGUAUGUCUGUAUCUUCCUCUGGAGAAGCUUUGAGAUUGCCACUCGGGUCAUCGUCCUGGUCCUCUUUACCUCUGUCCUGAAGAUUUGGAUCGUGGCCGUCAUACUUGUCAACUUCUUCAGCUUCUUCUUGUACCCCUGGAUUGUUUUCUGGUGCAGUGGUUCCCCAUUCCCUGAGAACAUAGAGAAGGCCCUAAGUAGGGUAGGUACCACCAUCGUGCUGUGUUUCCUCACUUUACUCUAUGCUGGCAUCAACAUGUUCUGCUGGUCAGCUGUCCAGCUGAAAAUCGACAAUCCGGAGCUCAUCAGCAAGUCCCAGAAUUGGUACCGGCUGCUCAUUUACUACAUGGUGAGAUUCAUCGAGAACUCUGUCCUCCUGCUCCUAUGGUAUUUUUUUAAAACUGACAUAUACAUGUAUGUGUGUGCACCUCUGUUGAUUUUGCAGCUGCUCGUUGGGUACUGCACCGGCAUUCUCUUCAUGCUUGUGUUCUAUCAGUUUUUCCAUCCUUGCAAAAAGCUCUUCUCUUCCAGUGUUUCUGAAAGCUUUAGGUCAUGUCUCAGGUGUGCUUGUUGGUCCUCCAUGAGGAGCACAUCCACCGAGCCAGUAGAAAGGAUAGACACAGACUUAAAGACAAGCACAGAGCAAGAUGAAAUGCCUUCUACCAGUAAAUUAACUCCCGAGACCACUGAGAUUUGGACUGCUGUUGAUCUGUGCUCCGCUUAAUGGAACUUGAGGUUUCUUACAAGUAAUGAGACUUCAUACCUUUAUACGCGUCAUGAGCCCUGCACAGGGAUUAAGGAAGGAAGUUAGCUGUCAGCUCCCUGUGAGCUGCUACCUUUUAUAAAGCUCUUAGAUUUGAGGCAGCUUUGGAAGCACUAGGGAAACCUACUACCCCACAGUUUGUUUCACACUUGACUCUGUUAUGUUCUUGCAGGCCUUACUGGCUGCUUCAUUGAUUGACACAGUAUCCCUGAAGUUUCAUUUGAGCUGGUCAUAUUCAUCAGGCAGAAUAAAGAAAAAUGCUUGUUUUUCCGUUUCUAGCCUGUUGUCUCAGUAGCCUGAUGCUUUCUUGUUACUGAAUAUACCUUUAUACAAGAGUCCCCAUGAUAGCUGGAAUAGAUUACAAAGGAUUUCACAACUUUGUUUCAAGUAUAGCUUACAGGAGAGCUACUUAAGUUUGUUUUGUCAGUGUGUUCCAUUUUCACCUCAGUAAGACUUUUUGUACAUAACCAACUGUAGCCACUCUGGCAUGCAAUGUGCAUUUUGUUUCAAGGGCCUAGAUUUGGGGACUUUAUUCCCUAGGAUCCAUUGGUACAGUUAUUUAGGAAAGCCAUGUUUUAUUCCACAUGUUGAAGAAAGGAGGGAUCAGGAUGGAUCGGGACAAUUAUUAGAACAUCAACAUGAUGGAAGUUUAUACAAAUACCUAAGUGUUUAAAGAUACAAAUUGGUUAGAAGGUAGGCUUAAUUCUCCUCAUAACUCAGUCGUGUCCUAUUAAUCUGCGAAAUUUCUAGCAGAAUUUUCUAAGAUUAAUAUUUUAGAAAGACGGAAAUAAAACUAAUACUCUUCAUUUCUAUCUCCCCUUCCUUGCCUGCCAGAAAAGUUUUAAACAAUACUUACCUCAGUUUAUUUGCUGUUGUUUCUAGAAAACCCUAUGCAAAAAAUCUCUUCCCUGAUGCAAGUAUAUACACAGGACAUUUUAAUUUUCACAAUUUUUUAGAAAAAGAAGUAUUUUCCUCACUACCACUCUUAGUUAGAAAUGUUGACCUUGGAAACUUCCUAAGCUAUAAAAAGUAAUGAAAUGAUCAAAAGUUUUUGUUCCUCAUGAAAUCCAUUUUGAUAGAAGUUUUUAAAUGAGAUCUUUAAUUUAAUUUAAUUUUAAUGAGAUCUUCAGUUUUUAUCCACACUACUUUAUCUAAUGAAUAAUUUCUCUCUGAUCUGGAACUAUUUAUUUUAAUUUAAUGGGGUUGGAUAGAAUAUUGUCAAUAGUCUGACAAAAAUGCCAGCAAGCAGUGCUACAAUUUCUACCACUAAAAUGUGGAUGAUGAAAUGUCUAGAAACAAGUAACCAUAAAAUUUGUGCCAACUUAACAUAAGAAUUGUAACAAAAUUUAAUACAUUUUUAAAGGCACCUCUGUUUGUGAUUCUAUGUGAUAGAAUAGAUAUUUACUUUUCUGACCACGUAAAUCUGUAAAACACAUUUAUCUGGCCAUCAUACUCCUUAUAAUUGCUUUUAAAAACAUAAUUGCUUUUUAAAAAUUUAGUUCGGUAAAUAUUUUACUAUACUAGAGGAUUCGUAGAAUAAUAAGUAUUCUUUGAUGUGUCAUUCACACUGUUAAUCUUUGUACCAUUUUGUAUGCACACACUUGAGUAAGGUUCUGAACCAUAGAGCGUCCAUUUUUUUUUCUAAAAUAUUUUUCCCCAUUUGUAAUUCUUCUGGUUUGCCAGAAUUUGUGGUUUACCUGUAUGAGAAUGCAUAGGCAGUACAUCCUUUUUGACCACUUUAACAUAUAAAAGUCAAAUUAAUGUUUGUCUCUGUUUUCUGUUGACCCUUGUAUCACUUUUCCUGUUUUUAAUAGAUCUAGACAUAGUUAGUAUACAUCUUCAAAGUGAUACUUUAUAUGACAGAUACAUCUUCGUACUUUUCCUUCUCAGAGGUACAAAACUGUUGAAAAUCUAUAACAAGUCCAGGGAAAACAAGCUUAAGAUGCUAAAGCACUCCUGUUUUGGUUAUUUCCUAUUUAAGAAGUUCAAAAUGAUUGCAAGGGUAGGAAGGGCAUCCCUAGGUCAACCGAAAAUGCUUUGCUCUCUCAAAUCAUUUCCUUAUGUUUACAGGCACCAGGUGUUUUCAGUCUUUAAUGUGAAGGACAUCCUUUCCUUGAAGCUUUCUAAUGACUGAGGGUAGAGGUGGUACCCAGUUCCAAUUUUGGGUCAUGUCUUGAGAGUGAGACUAGCGUCACUUUGAUACUUCCUAGGCAGGUUCAGAAUUAGACAAGGGUAAGGACAGUUGUAUUUUUCCAGCCUUGGUUUAGAAGCGUGACUCCAAAAUACUUUUAAACUUUUAAUUUUCAAAUAUAUUGUAAGCCUUUUUACCUUAGUCAGUUGGUAAGCAUCUUGAAUGACCUCAAACCAAACUAGCAGUGAGAAACUUUCAGACACCAAAGGCCCAGGUGAUACCUUAUAAAGACGGUGUUUUUGUUUUUUACUUUUAGCUAGUUAGAUAUUAGUUCAGUCUCUUGGUAUGUAGGCAUUUUCCUUGUGCAGUCCCAAAAGCUUACUUACUUAUUCUAGACCUCCAUUUCCUAACUUACGAAAUUAACAUGAUACACUCUUCCAACUUACCUCACAGACUUGUUGGAAAGAUUUCAUUAAGUAAUAGAUACAAAAAUAUUUCAAAGUACCAUAAAGAGUUGCUAUAUUCUUCAAGUCCAUAAAUUGGUUAUUGUUUGUGGUUUUGUUUUCCUGACUGAAAUGACAUUAAUAGUUUCAUCCACAUCGUGUCUUCAGUUAAGGUACAGGUCUUUAGACUUCCCUGCAGUUACCUUCUCUUACCAUCACUUGAUCACAAAAUUUAGCACUCAGGGCAUGUGCUCAUCCUGGGAAGGUUUAUGCCACCAAACCCAACAACUCAACUUCCAUCCUUGGGACCUACAUGGUUGAAGGAAAGAAACAGUUCCCAUAGAUGUCUGGUUUCCAAGAUCAAACGAUGGUGCGUUUGUGCACGUAUACAGACACACAACACACGCACACAUGCACGCAUGUAUGCAUGCACGCACGCACACAUGCACAUACAGUUACAAAAUAAAAACAUUAAAAAUAGCCCCUAAGCCCUUAGUACUUGAUGGGAAAAAAGACCCAGUGGAUCUCAGAAAGUGCUUCUGAGAGCAAAUAAGUUUAUUGUAUUGAUAUUAUCCUUUAUAAAGAAUGUAACAGCAUCUUUUGAUAAUCAUACAUUACAACUUAAAUGGCUGAUUUGAAGCAUUAAUUAAAUGUGAAUAUAAUCUGCACUAUUUUGUAAAUGGGAAAAGAAGCUUAGUAUUGAUUGUCUUGAAAACACAGCAUUUCCUUGGGAAUGUAUCUUAUAACAUUAGUAUGGUUGUAUGUGCCAGUGCAUCUCAGCCAGUGAAUUGUGGGUAUGCACUUUUGUGGACUGCUUCUCGGAGUCAUAGACUCAAAUGUUGUUUAUGUUUCUUCAUGUAAUAAAUUAAUUUUUUC